UGUCAGCGCUUUCCCACAAGACUCUGUCCGCAGCCCCUGGCCAGUCCGUCCGCGAGCGCCUGCCCAUAGACAUGGCGGCGCCCUUCUUGGCUUCGCGUCGCCCGCACCAUGGGGCCGGCCCGGCCAUGCCAGUACUCGGGGACUUCCUACACGCGCCGGCUUCCUGCACCGCUGGCAUUUAAACGCGUGUCUGGGGCUGCGGGAUGCUGCUGCGGAUGCGAAGCUGCCAGCUCACUGGGCAGUGUCGCCACCUAGCCUGAGCGCCUCAGGCAAGCGCGGAGCCCACCGUGCGCGAGCACAGCAGACGAGGGCCGGGGGGACCGGGACCCCGCACCGACCUGGCGUUGGGCAGUUUAAUUGUAAGUUUGGCUUUGAUUGCCGACGUUGCAAGCCUCUCCUCGCACUCCAGAUCGUCUUCCUCCGCCGGGCCGGGCCGGCGCUGCGGGGUGAAGCAGCGGCUGGGCUUGGUCCCAGAAGCCGAGCCAGCGCGCCCGGGCCAUGGUGCGGCUGAGCCCCGCGCUCCGGUGAGGCGAAGCGGCGGCUCCACUUCCCCGAGAGGCCUUUCCCGCUGCCGCGAUGUUCAGCUGGCUGGGUACCGACGACCGCCGGAGAAAGGACCCUGAGGUCUUCCAGACCGUGAGCGAGGGGCUCAAGAAACUCUACAAGACCAAACUGCUGCCCCUGGAAGAGCAUUACCGCUUCCACGAGUUCCACUCGCCGGCCCUGGAGGAUGCUGAUUUCGACAACAAACCCAUGGUCCUGCUGGUGGGCCAGUACUCCACCGGGAAGACCACCUUCAUCAGGUAUCUGCUGGAACAGGACUUCCCAGGCAUGAGAAUUGGGCCUGAGCCAACAACCGACUCCUUCAUAGCAGUGAUGCAGGGAGACGUGGAGGGGAUCAUCCCCGGGAAUGCCUUGGUUGUGGAUCCUAAGAAACCCUUCAGGAAACUCAAUGCCUUUGGGAACGCCUUUCUGAACAGGUUCGUGUGUGCCCAGCUGCCCAACCCCGUGCUGGAGAGCAUCAGUGUCAUCGACACUCCGGGGAUCCUGUCUGGGGAGAAGCAGAGGAUCAGCCGAGGGUAUGACUUUGCAGCAGUCCUGGAGUGGUUCGCAGAGCGGGUGGACCGCAUCAUCCUGCUCUUUGACGCCCACAAGCUGGACAUCUCUGAUGAGUUUUCAGAAGUCAUCAAGGCCCUCAAGAACCACGAGGACAAGAUGCGGGUGGUGCUGAACAAGGCCGACCAGAUUGAGACGCAGCAGCUGAUGCGGGUGUACGGAGCCCUCAUGUGGUCCCUGGGCAAGAUCGUGAACACUCCAGAGGUGAUUCGAGUCUACAUCGGCUCCUUCUGGUCCCAUCCCCUCCUCAUCCCGGAUAACCGGAAGCUCUUUGAAGCUGAGGAGCAGGACCUGUUCAGGGACAUCCAGAGCCUACCCCGAAAUGCUGCUCUCCGCAAACUUAAUGACCUCAUCAAGAGAGCCAGGCUGGCCAAGGUCCAUGCCUACAUCAUCAGCUCUCUGAAGAAGGAGAUGCCCUCAGUGUUCGGGAAGGACAACAAGAAGAAGGAGCUGGUGAACAACCUGGCCGAGAUUUAUGGCCGGAUCGAACGAGAGCACCAGAUCUCACCUGGGGACUUUCCCAACCUGAAGAGGAUGCAGGACCAGCUGCAGGCCCAAGACUUUAGCAAAUUCCAGCCACUGAAGAGUAAGCUGCUGGAGGUGGUGGAUGACAUGUUGGCACAUGACAUCGCCCAGCUCAUGGUGCUGGUGCGCCAGGAAGAGAGCCAGCGGCCUGUGCAGAUGGUGAAGGGUGGAGCUUUCGAGGGCACCCUGCACGGCCCCUUUGGUCAUGGCUAUGGGGAGGGGGCUGGGGAGGGCAUCGAUGAUGCAGAGUGGGUGGUGGCCCGGGACAAGCCCAUGUAUGAUGAGAUCUUCUACACCCUGUCCCCCGUGGAUGGCAAGAUCACAGGUGCUAAUGCCAAGAAGGAGAUGGUGCGCUCCAAGCUGCCCAACAGUGUGCUGGGCAAGAUCUGGAAGCUGGCGGACAUCGACAAGGAUGGCAUGUUGGAUGAUGAGGAGUUCGCACUAGCCAACCACCUCAUCAAGGUCAAGCUGGAGGGACACGAGCUGCCCAAUGAGCUGCCUGCCCACCUCCUGCCCCCAUCCAAGAGGAAAGUUGCAGAGUGACAGGAGCAGGCCCAGCUUCAGAAAGGCAGUGCUAGAGGAGGGUGCGGGAGCAGUGACCACAUAUGCACACGCACACACACACAUGCACACACGUCUUGACAGUUUCACUGUAGAUGAGAAGGUAUAGCUAUGCUCACAUCUCCAGGCUGAUUCUUGUCUGGACCCCUUUCCAAGUUCCUAGCACUGUUAGAGGACAGCUGCACCCCAGGUUUUAGGGUACAAGCCCGUGUCUCCACAUCUGUGACCCUCCUAUCUCCCACUUCCCAGAGACGCGGGGCGAGUCACUGACACACAUGGCCACCCAGACCUAUUCCCCAGUGCCUCUGUACUCGGGCUCCAAGCAAAUGGGAAAGGCUUUUCAUUUAAUAGGUAACUCAUUUUAUUUUCACUUCACUCUUUUCUGUGCUUUUAUUUCUCCCUCUUUGCCUUCCUAAUAAGAAAUCUACUCAGGGGUGAGGAGACCUGAGAAAUAAAGGGUGGCGAGGCAGGAGAGCUGAGUUAGACGGUAGCCGCCGAGCACUGCGGCCCAGACUUGAAGAGAUGCUGGCCUGUGCUGUGCGCUCUAUUCUUUCUAAUCCUAAGGCUCUUGUCUUCCUGGCUUUGAACUCUGUGUGCACUUCAUUUCAAAGGAUCACAGAUAGGGAGAGAGAAGAGGAAAAACUGAGAGGAAGGAGGAUGGAAGCCAUCUUUUGGUCGUCUGCUAGAAUCUCAUCAAAGUCAUUCUGGUGUAUGGAUUUGAUCAUAGUCCUGUUCUCACCGGGCCUGUGAUGUCUGGGUGUCAUACCUGACUCAUAUUAUUCACCCCCUCCCAUGUCCCGGGAGCUGUGUUAGCAGCUUACAUGCAUUACUCUCUGGGGGCCUUGCUAAUUAAUGCCCCAGGUAAGGAUCUGUUAGCCCCCUGUUUUGCAGAGGAGGACCCUGAGACACAAAAGAGUUUAUGACUUUUCUAAACUCACAGAAGUCACACAUAUUGGAGAGAAGAUGCAAAGCCAAGACCUCAGACCUAUAGACUUGUCUGUGAGCUAUGAAAUGUGCAGGAUCCCAGCCUUGCUACCCACUGGCAAAUCACAGAGAACAAAGGAGUGUGCAGGCCCCCUCACAGCCACCCAGCACCAGCUGGCCAGGGAGAAGGACCAGCCAGCGUUUGGUGGGCCAUCAGUCUGGCCAUCUGUCACUUAAUAGAAGCAAACUGUGCCUUCUGGCUAUGCACCCCCUGUUCCUAGCAUCGCAGAAGUCCAACCACCCAGCAGGAGCGUGGGCUGGGCUGCUGGAUACUCUCUGUGCUAGUCCCUGUGUGGCCUCCCACCCAUUAGCUUGAGUCAUCCCAGCUCAAAUGCAGCCACCAGUUCUUACCAGGCAAGACCUUGUGCUGAUUCUCAGAAGGCCAAUUAAGAGGCCUAGAGUCUUGUUCCCUGUAGAGUCCCAGUGACUGCUGUGUCCUUUGCAACUCCACACCAUACUCAGUGUGCUGCACCCUCCUUCAUGGUCUCUCCCCAGCUUGCUCUGUGGCAACGGAUAGUCACUUUGUCUGUUUUGCUCUUCCUGGGAUGGAAAAAUGAAACAAGUAUAACUUAUUUUAUAUCUGUGUUCAGACUCUAUAGAGAAUAUUGUGUGUAUCUAUGAUGUGCUUACUACUGCAGUGUGUUCGUCAUUAGUAUUCAUGUUAAUAUAGCACAUUUAUCCUUUGG